AUGUCGUGUCUGAUCGUCCUUCAAAGCCCAGAUGGAUCCGCAGCGUCAUGGCAGGUAUCAUGGACGGUGCUGUCCGUGACGAACGCCAGCCAGUCCUUCCAGUCCGCCGACGUGCUAUUCUCGCCCUUGUCAGUCCCCGUCAACUUCACCUUAUCCGAGCACCCUUUGCAUUGUUACAUAGAGGACCCCGGUCAUGACCGACUGGAACUUCAAGCGGCUACAUUGGGCCAUCCCCACGCCCUGGAAUUUCUAGUCGAUACUCUAAAAGCCACGACUCAAUCGGCCAGCCAGACAGCAAUCAAAUUGGUCGCUCCAGCUCAUGGAGGCAACAUUGCCCGAGCCGACAUCGUGCCUCGGCGCAUGCAGGACAUUGAAUAUCUCGACGUCGUGGUCGCCCUGGCCCAGCCCCUUCAGCAGUACAAUGGGCAACCAUUCUCCGAUACUGAUGAUCUGGUUACUCUGAUAAAGCACGCUGUCGGAGCCAUACGCCUGCGUGCCGACUCCACUUCUCCUGGAAGGGUAUUGGACACCCUUUCCGACCUUGAAAGCGAACUGUUCAAUCGAUUGCCAAGCCGUUUGACUGUCCCCGGCCUCCGCAGACGCACUAUGGCAGUCUUAGAAGGUAGCGAGAUGCUUCCAGACACGGGUGGUUGCGCUACACAAUUUUACAGUGCGGCAAUGUCAUUGGGGGUCGACAUCAUAGUGCUUGGUGUCGAGGGCCAUUGGUUACAAGGUCCUAAGUAUAUCCACUGGCGGAAGGCUUUCAUUCCAAUCGAAUUUGGCCAUGACGCAGCCUUCCCAUCAAGAAUUGUCGCGGCUGUCAAGAGCUCAGGUGAACAAGUUGAGGCUCUGCUCAACUGCUUUGAUAGUUACCAUUCUGCCGUGAGUCAGGCUGCCGCUGAGCUGGGUCUUCCCCACGAGCCUACCGCCGCCUACCAAGUUGCCACGGACAAGUACCAACUGAGUGCCAUUGAGGGUCGGAAAUGCUUCCUUGCCAAUGGAAUCGAGGAUCUGAUUCAGAAUGCACUGACCAAGGACCUUACGUGGCCUGCCAUCGUCAAACCCUGCCGCGGUUGGGGCUCUGAGUUGGUCUUUCGUGCCGACAGCGCUGCACAACUUGUGGCGUGGGCCAAAACGAUCAAUCCCGCUACGAGUCACGGAGCACAGUUUGUAAUUGAACCGUACUGUGAUGGCCCAGAAGUAGACAUAAAUUUCGUUCUAUACAAUGGUGAACUUCUUUUUUGGGAGAUUGGCGACGAAAAUCCAAAGAGGGCAGAGGAUGGGUCCGAUUCAUUCCACGAACUCGACUGUGUCUCACCUUCAGCACUGCCCCAAAAGGAGCAGCAUGUCUUGCGCGAUUCUAUUCUGAAGACUUUGCUAGGGCUGGGUUUUCAAAAUGGUAUAUACCACUGCGAAGCUCGAGUAGCCAACUCGACCCAAGAAUGGCGCAAGAACGGAUCUGGCGCACCCGUGCUGCUACCUCGGUGCGAGCCAGCCACCAAGCCGCCUUCUUGCUUUCUUAUGGACUGUAAUGUCCGGCCUCCAGGUUUGAACUCGAGUGAUGUGGUCGAGACCACCUGGGGUGUAGACUAUUGGGCUUUGCUAAUUGCCAUACCACUGCGCGAGGAGCAGCGAGUUCGGGCUCUGUCGCAGCCAUAUCAUAAUGGCCCACAGUACUUUGCCGACAUGAUCUUUGUCUCCGCCGAGUUUGAUGCCUCUAAGCAAGGUAUUUGGCAAUCUGGAAAUGUAACAGAGGAACUAAAGGAACGGCGUCCAAAUCUAGCAAAGUAUAUCUCAAAAGCAUUAACGUAUAAGAAGAAGGGAGAUAGAAUCCCCCAUCCUUCUACGGGCACGAAUACAUUCGUCGCAUACUUAAAUGUCUACUCUCACGAGAGCCGAGAGCAUGUUUUAGAUAUUGCGACCGAGGUAAGGAAAGAGAUUAGCAAAAGCAUCAAUAUCUCCUAG